AUGUGUGACAGGAGAUCUUGCAGAAAGGUCUUCAUUCAAGAUGGUGAUGUUUCUGACAUCAAUAUUGGUGAUACUGACUCAGAUGACUGUUUUCAAUGUCCAGAAAAUCAGUAUCCCAAUGUGGAUCGGAAUCGGUGCCUUCAAAAAGAUAUCAGCUUUCUGUCAUUCGAAGAACCUUUGGGAAUCAUGUUCACUGUUUUUGGCCUUUUGUUUUCUUUCCUCACAGCUUUGUUGAUGUAUGGGUCUGCUCCAGCAACAAAUAAGCAUAAACUGGAUGGUUUCUAUCACCAAAUGUUUCCAAAUAUGGAUUUUCAGUAUAAGGGAAUUCUUCAACUACUGAAGCAUUUUAUGUGGACAUGGAUUGGAGUCUUGUGUGUGAAUAAUGACAAUGGGGAGAAGUUUGUACAAAAUGUGAUUCCCAUGUUUUCCAAAAGUGGAAUCUGUUUUGACUUCAUUGAAAGAUUUCCAUUAAUUUCUUAUUCUACUGACAUUCUCACUAUGGUGAAAGAAGGGAUGAAAAUGUACAGUAUUGUGAUGAACAGCACUGUCAAUUCUGUGUUAAUUCAAGGUGAAAUUGAUAUAAUGAUAGUUUUGAGAAUGCUUCCUGCUAUGUCAAAAUAUGAAGAAAUGCCAUUACAAGGAAACAGUAAAAUCUGGAUUAUGACAGCUCAAAUGGAUUUCACAUCUCUUCCCUUCCAGAGAUUGGAAGACUUAGAUUUUCUCCAUGGUGCUCUAUCUUUUGCAGUUCAUUCAAGCGAAGCCCUAGGGUUUCGGGAAUUUCUUCAGAUGAGAAAGCCAAACCUCAUUCAAAAAGAUGGCUUUAUUAGAGUUUUCUGGAAAGAGGCAUUUGGAUGUGUAUUCUCAGAUUCCAUAGUGGAUGAGAAACACAACUCUAUGAUGGAAAAUCAACCAAUCUGCUCUGGGGAGGAGAAGCUAGAGACACUCCCAACAUCUGUUUUUGAAAUGGACAUGACUGGUCACAGCUAUAGCAUCUACAAUGCAGUCUAUAUUUUGGCACAUGCAAUACGUGUUGUUCAUUCAACCACCUUCAAAUAUAGAGCAAGAAUAAGCAAACUAAGACUUAUUGACUUCCUCAAACUUCACCCAUGGAAGCUCAAUGAAAUUGUAAGAAGCAUCUCAUUCAAUAAUACUAAAGGAGAAACACUAUCUUUCAAUCAAAAUGGAGAACUAGAUGCUGGAUUUGAUGUCAUCAACUGGGUCACAUUCCCAAACAAAUCCUUUUUAAAAGUCAAAGUUGGUGGAAUAGGAUCUAUGACUUCCCAAGAGGACAUGGUAAUGGUCCAUGAGGAAGCCAUCAUUUGGCCAAUCAGGUUUAACCAGGUCCGGCCAUCUUCUCUGUGUAACAAUUACUGCUCUUUGGGUUAUGCUAAGACCAAAAUAGAAGGGAAGCCAUUUUGCUGUUAUGAUUGUCUUCACUGUCCCCAAGGAAAGAUUUCCAAUCUUAUAGAUAUGGAUGACUGUUUUACAUGUCCAGAAGAUCAGUAUCCAAACAAGGAUCAGAAUUCAUGUCUUCCAAAAACGCUAACCUUCCUAACAUAUGAAGAAUCACUGGGGACCAUCUUAGUCAUUUGUUCUCUUUUGUCUUCUUUUAUUGUAUUGUUAGUUCUGGGUGUCUUCAUUAAAUACCAGGAUACUCCCAUUGUCAAGGCCAACAACCGAAACCUCACCUACAUCUUUCUCAUUUCCCUUCUGCUUUCAUUCCUUUGUGCUUUACUGUUCAUUGGCAAACCUCAUAAAGUGACGUGUCUCCUCCGACAAAGUACUUUUGGUAUAAUAUUUAGUGUAGCUGUAUCAUGUAUGCUAGCAAAAACUACCAUUGUGAUUUUAGCUUUCAUGGCCACCAAACCAAACUCUAUAGUGAGGAAAUGGGUAGGGAAAAGAUUGGGCAUUUCCAUUGUAUUUUUCUGCUCCUUCAUUCAAAUAAUUCUUUGUACUGUCUGGCUGUUCACCUUUCCUCCAUUUCCUGAUUUCAACGUUCACUUAAUGGCAAAAGAAAUUAUUCUGGAAUGUAAUGAAGGCUCCUUUAUCAUGUUCUACUGUGUCCUUGGCUUUAUGGGCCUCCUUGCUCUUGUCAGCUUUACAUUAGCUUUCUUCGCCAGGAAAUUACCGGACACUUUUAACGAAGCCAAAUUUAUCACGUUCAGCAUGUUGAUUUUUUGCAGUGUUUGGCUUUCCUUUGUUCCUAGUUAUCUGACCACUGGGGGCAAACAUAUGGUAACUGUGGAGAUCUUCUCCAUUAUAACAUCCAGUGGUGGCCUCCUCAUAUGCAUCUUUUUCCCUAAAUGCUAUAUCAUCAUACUGAGGCCUGAACUGAAUAACAAACAGCCACUAAAACAAAGAAAAAAAUGA